CUUCUCUCCUGGAGCUCAUGUGGAUGUAUAGUAGUCGUUGGUCUUGGAUAUUUACAGGUUGCAGCUGCGCAGGAGUACAUAUUACGCCAGCCAGACCGACAACGCCCCCGCAAUCAUGACACCCCACCUGCAUGCUGAGCCCAGCAACGGCUCCCCGCCUUACCGCGAUGAUAUCAGGGCGUUCACUAAGGGAUAUGCAGAGUCUCUCGAUGCACAGGACCCUUUGCGCCACUUUCGGCAAGAAUUUCUCAUUCCCUCUAAAGUCGAUCUGACCAGAAAGUCUCUGGCCACUGACGGCUCCAAUGAAGAGUCUGACCCGAGGUGUAUAUAUCUUUGUGGAAACUCACUGGGCGUCCAACCUCGCAACACCCGCAAGUACAUUGAUCAAUACCUUCGAACAUGGGCCAUCAAGGGCGUAACAGGCCAUUUCCUGCCACACGAGGAUCAAUUGCUUCCGCCGUUCGUCGAUGUGGACGACGCCGGCGCAAGGCUAAUGGCGCCCAUUGUGGGAGCUCACCAAAGUGAGGUGGCGGUGAUGGGCACAUUGACGGCAAACCUGCAUCUGCUGAUGGCAGGCUUCUACCAGCCGACCCAGGAAAGAUACAAAAUUAUCAUAGAGGGAAAGGCGUUCCCAAGUGACCAUUACGCCGUCGAGUCCCAGAUCAGACACCACAAUCUGCGCCCCGAGGAUGCAAUGGUUCUUAUCGAGCCGGAAGAUCUCGACAAGCCGAUUUUGCGGACGGAGCAAAUACUUCAAGUCAUUGACGAACAUGCCGACAGUACGGCCCUUGUUCUUCUCUCUGCCAUCCAGUUCUAUACCGGACAGUAUUUUGAUAUCGAGAAGAUUACCGCUCAUGCUCAGUCAAAGGGUAUCCUUGUUGGUUGGGACUGUGCUCACGCAGCCGGAAAUGUCGACCUGCGCCUGCACGACUGGAAUGUCGAUUUCGCGGCGUGGUGCAAUUACAAGUAUCUCAACAGCGGCCCGGGUGGCAUGGCAGGCUUGUUCGUUCACGAAAAGCAUGAUCGAGCAGAAGGGGGAAAUGCCAGCGGCGAAGGAGAGUCCUUUCGCCCGCGACUCUCAGGAUGGUGGGGAAGCGACAAGAAAACCCGCUUCCUGAUGGACAAUCACUUUCGCCCCCAACCGGGUGCUGCAGGAUACCAGCUAUCGAAUCCAUCCGUCUUGGACAUGAACGCCGUCGCAGCCUCUCUCGAGCUGUUUAACCGGACAUCAAUGGCCGAGAUCCGCCAAAAGUCUUUGAAGAUCACAGCCUACUUGGAACAUCUUCUUCUGGCUGCCCCUUUCGGCUCAGCCUCCUCCGAGAAACGGCCCUUCUCCAUCAUAACGCCCUCUAACCCAGCGGAGCGUGGUGCGCAACUCAGUCUGCGCUUGAAGCCUGGUCUUUUGGAUAACGUCCUGGAGACUCUGGAGGGGAACGGGGUGGUAAUCGACGAGAGGAAACCAGACGUCAUCAGAGUUGCCCCGGCACCACUGUACAAUACCUACACGGAGGUGUGGGAGUUUUGCCGGGUAUUUUUCGAGGCAUGCGAGAAAGCUGUACAAGCCCAGCAGUAACCCGAGGGACGACAAGAAGACAAUUUACGUCGGGUAUACAGUACGAAGUGACGAUGUUCGACGCUCCGGGCUCACUUCAUCUCUCAACUCGAAUGGCAUCAUUCCUUCCAUAUGAAACCUACUAUCCCAGAGAGACUGACAUCUGACCUCAAAACAUAGGCUCGAAGAGGAGUCGUCCUUGGAUACAUAUCAUUUUGCAUAAACCUCUCUGGACAAAUAUUCAUACUUUUUUGAUCAUCUAUCGAUGGGCUUGUGCAUAUAGAUCCUUACCCAAGCCCCCAUACAUAAUAUCUACACUAUCUGGUUGACAGCUUCUGCCGAAGGAUGAAGGCAAGGCUACGAGAGAUGGAUCCACAGAUUUAUUGGAUAUUGCGACUCAUUGUCAGCACUGAUAUGAAUGAAUGAAACUCAGUACCAAGCUGAU